AUGUCGUGCCCAGAUUGCUUUCGAGGGGGGUUAACCACAACAACCGCAACUGGCAAAGAAACUAUGAUUCACGGUCUCCCAACUUAUGUUGCAGAACCAGAAAAUGGGAAUGUGCCAAAGGGUAUAGUUGUUAUCAUUACUGAUGCUUUUGGUUGGGAUUUUGUCAACAACAGAGUAAUGGCAGAUCGUUAUGCCAAAGGAGGCGGAUUCUUGGUUUAUUGUCCCGACUUUAUGGAUGGCAAUGCAAUGAAUCCUCACGCCAUUUCUCUAUUUGAUAAAAUCAUGGAACCUGCGUCUUGGUUGACGACAAUUUUCUUCAAACCUAUAUAUAUUUUUCAAGCUAUGACUAUCGCAAUUCCUUGGAAAACAAAGACCAAAAUUCCCAUCACCCAUCCUAAAGUAGUUUCCUUCUUUCAAGCUCUUCGAUCAUCCGAACCUCCCUUUCCAACGAACAAUCUCAAGAUUGGUGUUGCGGGUUUCUGUUGGGGUGGAAAACAUACUAUACUUCUUGCACAAGACGAUUUGUCAUCGCGCGUUCAACGACAUCAAUCGCAAGCCAAGUCUACUACUCCUGAACCAUUGAUCGAUUGUGCAUUCACUGCCCAUCCUUCUUAUAUCGAGGUCCCAAACGAUAUCGAAGCAGUCAGAAUUCCACUCAGUGUAUCAAUCGGAGAUAAUGAUUCAGCCAUGAAAGCUCCUCAAAUUGAUCAGAUGAAGGAAAUACUUCAGGUGAAGCACAAGCGUAAUUCUGAAGUCAGUAUUCUUCAAGGUGCAAAGCAUGGAUUUGCUAUUCGAACACAUCCUGACGAUAAGGAUGAGUUGGAAUGUGCAAAUAAGGCGGAGGCUCAGGCUAUUGAUUGGUUCAACAGAUGGUUUGCUUGA